AUGCCAGAUACACAAGAUGGAAAAUCUAAUUCUCAAAAGUUACUGAAUGACUACUUGUCAAAUCCCGAUCCAGGCCCAUCGCCAUCCGCACCACAGCCAACAACUGCAGGUACGGGCGAUACUUCUACGACUGCAGCGGAUGUGAAUUUACAAGGUAAUAAAAAUUUCGAUAAUAGCGGUAAUAGUGGAAUUGAAAGUAGGCAUAAAUCUUCAUCGAAUUGGAAUGACGACGGCUACGAUUAUGAGAUGCAAAAUUAUUACCCUCAGCCGUAUACUCAGAGGACAUCAAGGGCCAGAAGUAACACUAAUUAUAUCCCCCACUAUAUGACAGGUCCAGAUUCUCAGUAUCCUAUUCAGGAAGUUGUACCUAAUACUCAAAUGGCAGUUGCCACUGGUUCCGACCCGGCGGCAAAUCGGGCCGAUGGUUUCGGCCACUCCGUGAGGUCUCGCGCACCAACAAUUAGAUCUAACGUACCUGAUUUCCAUUCUAUUCUUGGAAGUACUAGGAGUAAACCUCAUAGUCAUAAUGGAUCUCAUAUCCGCAGUAACAGCUCAGGGAGGAGCUCGGCGGCUUCCGCAGCCGCCGAUAGCGAAAAUCAUGGGAAUGAAACCGGAGACGGGGUUAACAGCGGUAGUAGUAAUCAUGCAUUGAGUACGCCAUUGAUGGUUAGACCAAAGACCCUACAUCAAAACCCUCAAACUCCAACGGUUCUACCUUCCGCUUAUCAUCCUAUUAAUAAUUGGACAUCUUUGAAGCACGGAUAUCUUAAAGAGUUUUUGGCCGAAUUUGUUGGCACUAUGGUAAUGAUUAUAUUUGGUAAUGCGGUUAAUUGUCAGGUUAAUGUAGCCAGUAAAAUUCAACAAGAGAAUUUUGAUAAGGCUUUACAAAAAGUGAGUAACUCACCAGAACAAUUGCGCGAAACUGCAGAAGCCUUUAAAAAUUUGGUCUCUUCUACAUCAGGUGGUACUUUCGAUGAAGUCGCUCUAGGUUGGGCAGCAGCUACUACCAUGGGAUAUUUUGCCGCCGGUGGUAGUGCAAUUUCGGGUGGACAUUUAAAUCCGUCAAUUACAGUUGUGAAUUUUAUAUUUCGUGGAUUCCCGUUUAAAAACGUUUUCAUCUAUGUUACGGGACAAUUACUUGGUGCAUUUGUAGGUGCAUUGAUUCUUUUUAUUUUUUACAAAAGGGUUAUUGAAGAAGGAUUCCCCGGUGAAUGGUGGAAAAAUGAAACCGUAGCAGGUAUAUUUUGCGUCUUCCCCAAACCUUACUUGUCCACAUCUCGUCAAUUUGUCUCGGAAUAUAUCUGCACUGCACUUUUACAAAUUGGUACCUUUGCUCUGACCGAUCCAUAUACUUCUCUUUCCAGUGAUCUUUUCCCAUUGAUGCUGUUUAUUUUAAUGUACAUUUUGAAUGCAUCUUUAUCAUAUCAAACAGGAUCAGCAAUGAAUAUGGCAAGAGAUUUAGGGCCCAGAUUAGCGCUUUAUGCCGUUGGAUUUAAUAGACACAUGCUAUGGGUCAACCACCAUCAUUUUUUUUGGGUACCGAUAGUGGCACCAUUCUUAGGUUCAAUUACUGGCGGAUUAAUAUACGAUGUUUGCAUUUACCAAGGUCACGAAUCACCUGUUAAUUGGCCAAUAGCUACUUAUAAAGAUAUCCUUCGGAGAUCAUGGUUGAGAAGACGUCAAUGGAAAGGUCGUUCAAAUUGGCCCGUAAUUGGUAAGAAACUUUCAAAUAACCCAGCACCAUCAGAAUUUAGCGAUUUCUCAUAUGAAGACGACGAUGAAGAUAGAGGUAACCCUUUCCAAAAUCCGAAGACAGAUCCUUCCAAAGUGUCCUUGGUACAAGAGGCUGACCCAGGUGCUGAUACAAGGUCUCCAGAUUCUGUUCACUUUAAAUCAGUACAAGGAGACAGUAGGCGGCUUCACGGCGAAAUUCCUACAAUUAUGGAGGAGAAUCCUAGCCUCGAGACCGAAUCGUUAGGUUCGUUAACCUCACUAUCAAUUAAUAAUAAUGACAAUAAUGGCCCUACUUCGAAUGACGGCAUACCAUCUUUUCCCACCGUUCAAAAGAAACAGGAAUAA